AUGCAGCAGCUUCCGCAGCCUAGAGGCCCUCCUCCUCCUCCUCCUCCUGAGCGCCGUCGCUUUGCCGAGGGGCGCCGCUGCGCUGCGCUGCCCGCCUCCCGGCUGCUUUCCCCGGCCGAGCCGCGGGCGGGCGGGCGGGCAGGGCAGGGAGGGCAGGGCAGGGCGCGCCCCCGCGAUUUCCUGCGCGCGCGGCGGGCCUGGGGCUUCGGCGCAGGCGCCUGGUGGGGGGCGGCCAUCUUGAGAGCGGGCUCGGCUGCCCGCGUCCAAGAUGGCGGAGGGCGCCUCGCCGCCCCGCCGCUGCCCGGGUCCGGCCGCCGCCCGCCGCCGCCUCCUCCUCCUCCUCCUCCGCCGGGCGGCGCCAUGAGCGGCCUGGCCUUGCUGCGCCUCCUCAGCCGGGGGAGCCGCUGCCGGCUGCGCCUGAGGGCUCCCGCCGCCGCCGCCGCCGCCGCCGCCGCCCCCCUGCGCAGCGCCUGGGCCGGGCCGCCGAGCGGGGUGCUGAGGAGCUUUCUGUCUCGAAGGUUUUCCCCCGAAUUUGAAGGACUUUCGCCAGCCAUAGUGGAAAAGCAUUUAUUUCCAGCUCAACUCUGGAAGCUUUUGAGUGGCCCUUUCUAUUUUUCUACCUCUGGUUCCCGUCGCAAUGGCAAAAGUGGUGAAGGGUCCAAAGGGAAAUCCCCGGAGGAAGACGAGGAAGAAAAGAAACGCCGGGAAAGGGAGGACCAGAUGUAUCGGGAGCGCUUGAGGACCCUCUUCAUCAUCGCCGUCAUCAUGAGCCUGCUCAACUCCUUGAGCACCAGCGGGGGCAACAUCUCCUGGAACGACUUUGUGAACGAGAUGCUGGCCAAAGGAGAGGUGCAGCGGAUCCAAGUGGUCCCGGAGAGCGACAUUGUGGAAAUCUACUUGCACCCCGGGGCAGUUGUGUUUGGACGGCCCAGGCUGGCCCUGAUGUACAGAAUGCAGGUGGCCAACAUUGACAAGUUUGAAGAGAAGCUGCGAGCAGCCGAGGAAGAGCUGAACAUCAGCGUGAAGGACAGGAUCCCCGUCUCCUACAAGCGUACUGGCUUCUUCGGAAAUGCUCUCUACGCCCUGGGGAUGGCAGCGGUGGGAGUCGGCAUCCUCUGGUACAUCUUCCGCCUGGCUGGCAUGGCCGGAAGGGAAGGGGGCUUCAGUGCCUUUAAUCAGCUGAAAAUGGCCCGCUUUACAGUCGUGGACGGCAAAUCCGGGAAAGGAAUCAGCUUCAAGGACGUAGCAGGAUUGCACGAGGCCAAAAUGGAGGUCAAGGAAUUUGUGGAUUAUUUGAAGAGCCCAGAGCGCUAUCUGCAGCUGGGAGCCAAGGUGCCCAAAGGGGCCCUCUUGCUCGGCCCACCUGGCUGCGGCAAGACCCUGCUGGCCAAAGCGGUUGCAACGGAGGCGCAGGUGCCUUUCCUGGCGAUGGCUGGCUCGGAGUUCGUAGAGGUGAUUGGAGGUCUUGGAGCUGCCCGCGUGCGGAGCCUCUUCAAAGAAGCCCGUACCCGUGCCCCCUGCAUUGUCUACAUCGAUGAAAUAGACGCCGUGGGGAAGAAGCGCUCUACCAACAUGGCUGGCUUUUCCAACACCGAGGAAGAGCAGACCUUAAACCAGCUGCUGGUGGAAAUGGACGGCAUGGGGACCACCGACCACGUCAUCGUGCUGGCCUCCACCAACCGAGCAGACAUCUUGGAUAACGCUCUCAUGAGACCCGGGCGCCUCGAUCGGCACAUUUUUAUCGACCUGCCCACCCUGCUGGAGAGGAGGGAGAUCUUUGAGCAGCACCUGAAGGGCCUGAAGUUAUCCCAGGUCGGCAGCUUCUACUCCCAGCGGCUGGCCGAGCUGACUCCAGGCUUCAGCGGAGCUGACAUUGCCAAUAUCUGCAACGAGGCUGCUCUUCACGCUGCGAGGGAAGGACAUAAAUCCAUCGACACCUUCAAUUUCGAAUAUGCUGUGGAAAGAGUCAUUGCCGGAACCGCCAAAAAGAGCAAGAUUCUGUCCCAGGAGGAGCGGAGGGUGGUGGCGUUCCAUGAGUCCGGCCACGCCCUCGUAGGCUGGCUGCUGGAACACACAGAGGCUGUGAUGAAGGUCUCCAUAGCCCCUCGCACCAAUGCUGCCCUGGGCUUUGCUCAGAUCCUCCCCAAGGACCAGUACCUCUUCACCAAGGACCAGCUCUUUGAGCGGAUGUGCAUGGCCUUGGGAGGGAGGGUGUCGGAGGCCAUCACGUUCAACAAAGUGACUACAGGGGCACAAGAUGACCUGAGGAAAGUCACCAAGAUAGCCUACUCGAUGGUGAAGCAAUAUGGGAUGGCGCCCAACGUCGGCUACCUUUCCUUCCCUGUCCAGGAAAAUACUGCAGGGAUUGGGCGGCGCCCCUUCAGCCAGGGACUCCAGCAGAUCAUGGACCAUGAAGCAAAACUGCUGGUGGCCCAGGCCUACAGGCGCACAGAGACACUGCUUCUGGACAACCGGGACAAGUUGAAGACGCUGGCUAACGCCCUCCUGGAGAAGGAAGUGAUAAACUAUGAUGACAUCGAAGCCUUGAUUGGGCCUUCUCCCUAUGGGCCCAAGAAAAUGAUUGCCCCUCAGAGCUGGAUUGAAGCUGAGAGAGACAAACAAGACAUGGGGGAUGAAGAGCCCCCCCAGCAGCCACCCAGGCAAGGGGAAGAAGAAGAAGAGCCCAACCUUAGACCCGUUUGAAGCCGGGUCAUGGCG